AGGUAUAACAUCUUUAUCUAACCAAUAUAAAUGAUAAGCCCACGAGUUUUAGGUGUUUCAGAUUUCAAUAUUCUCAAUAAUUAAUAUCUGCAGUUAUUAAAUUAACAAUUAAUAAUAAAUCUUGAAAUAAUCGUCUUCAAACAAUGUCGAGCAGUCGUUUUACACCGAGAGGUUUUCCCAGAGUUCCGCUUCAAAAUGGUAUUGGACGUUAUAUAUGUCAAUUGAAAAGAGUCACAUUAAGAUUUUGUAAGAGCAGUGGAUCUAGUCGAGGAAUUCGUGAUUUCAUCGAAACAGAUCUAAUAAGUUAUGCACAAGAACACCCAGGUACAGCUGUAUACUUGAAGCCUCGUCGUCACAAGUCUCCUUCAUUUGUUGCCGAAUAUUUGAAUGGUGAACGUGAAGUAAUUAGCUGUCACAAUUUUACUGCACAAGAAAUGAUCAAGUGGUUAAAUUUAUACACCACUCGAUCUGGUAUACCGCUUAUGAGGUACGCCAAAAUGUGGCAUACAGACUGCCCUUCUAUUCAAGGAGUCUGGAGUCCAUUUACAAACAAGGAUCCAGCAUUAAACAUUACACAGUUUCCAUCUAAAGAAUUAUCAAAGCCUGUAUGGGAAGAAAAGUCAGCCACAGAAGAGUUAUUAGAAAUGAUAAACAAACAAAAAAUCAGUGAUGAAAAUGAUGAUGAUACUCAGAAGGUUCAAGCAGCUCAAAUGUAAAUUAGAAGUUAUCAUAAAAUUGUUAGUUACAUGAUUCAAUAAAAUACUGUUUAUAAUUUUAUAUGAUUUUAUUUGUUUUUUUCAGUAUUUGUACAAAUAAAUAUAUUUUAGAAAUUAAUUUUUGUAUUAGUUAAAAUAAUAAAAUAGGUAUAUAAUUAA